GAUUUGCCUGUCUUGGUGUGGCAGCCUGGCAGGUCUAGAUGCUGGGCAGCAGUUACAUACAAACACGCAAAAGGCAAGCAGGCACGCAGGAUCGGAAGGAGCAGGUGGGUAAUGGGUAUUGUUCACUAGCCACCAGCCACUUGCCUCACCUUUCCUUCCCAAACCUGCUUUAACUUGGUUCUGAAAGAAGCAUGGGUGCGUACCUGCCUCGUUCGAAUCGUGGCUAGUGCCAUGGUUCCUCUCUCCUCCUAAGUAUAAGAAGGACACUUCUUCCGCUCAGUUUCCAUUCCUCAUUCACAUCAACAAAAUCUCAACAAACUCACUUCCACACCUACAACCACAAACUUCAAACAAAUCUUUCAAACCCCCACCUCAAAACAAAACUCCAUCAACAUGUCUGACAGUCUCCGCAAAGGUGUUGGCGAGCAAGUCUCCGAGAAGAUCACUCCCGACUCCCAGAAGUCCACCACCACCAAGAUCGGAGAGAACAUCACUGGAGGUGUCGACAAGGCUGCUGGUGCCGUUCAACCAUCCGACUCUAAAUCCACCACCCAAGAAGUCUCUGACAAGACCCGCUCUGGUGCCGACGAUGCCCAAAGCGAAGGAAAGGGUAUUCUUGGUUCCGUCUCAGACACCGCCGGCAAUGCUGCAAACACUGUUUCUGACACCCUCUCCAACACUGCCUCCUCCCUCACUGGCAACAAAUAAAUUCGUCUCUUUCGAAUAAUUUACACUGGUGCGAAUACAGGAAGGACGAUGAAUGAAUCGAUGCAUUGAUAUUUCUUUUAGCGUUGGGAUUGAACGGGCUUUACUUUUGCUUGCUACACAUGAUAGCUUGCUUUUAUGAAUGUAUGAUAUCCGGAAGGAAGGAAUGGAUGGAUGACUGGUAAUAGUCUUUAGGGUUGGUGAAUUCGAAUACCUUCCCA